CGGACAGGCCGCGAACCCCGGCAGCGGCAUACAGCAAACGCUCGCGAGCGGGACCGAACCAACAGCGUGAACACUGCCUUCACGGCACUGCGCACGCUCAUCCCAACGGAGCCGGCUGACCGCAAGCUCUCCAAGAUUGAGACGCUGCGCCUGGCCUCUAGCUACAUUUCGCACCUGGGCAACGUGCUGCUGGUGGGGGAGGCUUGCGGCGACGGGCAACCAUGCCACGCGGGACCCGCCUUCUUCCACGCAGCGCGUGCGGGCAGCCCCCAGCCACCCCCAUCACGCGAUGGCGAGAACGCUCAACCCAAGCAGAUCUGCACCUUCUGCCUCAGCAACCAGAGAAAGCUGAGCAAAGACCGCGACAGAAAGACGGCGAUUCGAAGUUAGGAGGAGGGCCCAAGCAGCCAAGAGGCGGAUGCCACUAGGGAAGGUGG